CCUCCUUCCCGCCCCCACCCACACACCACUCUCGCCUCUGGCUGACCUCCGGCUGACCUCUGGAAGUUCUUCCCGAGUCCUCUCCCCUCCUCAACUUCCAACCGACAAGAGUCUUCGAGGCCCCCGCUCCGUGCCCUCUCGUUCUAUCGGCUCGGUUCCAAAACGCCCUCGGCUUUUGUCUCACUCGCUCAAGGCCGACGUAUGAGCUCGUUUUACAAGUCAUCCCAAGACCCGCUGCGAGCUUCCACACCAGCCAUGGAGUCCCCUGUCGCUCCAUCUGCUUCUUUGCCUAGGCGCAACACUGCCCGGCAAGGCGGUGCCAUGCAGAGAAGCAACACUCUGUCCCGGAAAAAGUCCCUCGUUCGUCCCGAACGGGCUCCUCAAAAUCGCACUCUCCAUCCGGCCCUCAACAGCGACGGCACCAUCCCCCGUCGCAGCAAGUCCGUUGUCAGCGAGCGCCACUCCUCGCUCGGGCGCUCCGACACCAUCUUCCGUCGCUCGCUGGGUCGCAAGCGGCGCGAUGGCCCCGAACGUACCCCAUGGGUCAUUGCCAGCUACUUUCUGACCUGCUUCAUCCCCAACAGACUCUUGUUUGUCUGUGGCAAGCGCGACGUCUACAUCCAGCAGGCCUUCCGCGAGAAGCUUGCCCUCUGUGUCGUCAUCGCUCUCUUGAUGUUUGCCGUUGGCUUCCUCACCUUUGGCUUCCAGUUUGUGCUCUGUCCGCCCAACGCCAUCCCCACCUAUCCCUAUCUCGGCCCCUUCCCGAGCACCGUCGCCAUUUCCGGCACCCCAACCAAGCUCUUCACCAUCCGCGGCUCCAUUUACUACAUUAAUCCCUCCAAGACCUCCGAUCCCUUCCUCACCAACGUUGUCAACCUCGACGGCGGCACCGACCUGACCUUUGCCAUUCCCAGUAGCAACCCCGCCUGCGCCGGCUCCAGCAACGGCUUCUCGGAUAGCAGCGAUGCCCGUCUCAACAGUUGCUACGUCCAAAAAGGCUCCAACAAAACAAAAAUAAGCUGCCUGGUGAUCCAGCCUCCCAAGAACCAGCUCUCGGACUACUUUGUUUACUAUGGCGACACGCUCAUGGCCUGGAACGAUAUCAAUCAGAACUAUGUUGUCUACAAUGGUGCCAUUCUCGACAUCACGCACUACUCCGACGUUCAGAACAUCUACGGCUCUGCCAUGACCAACGUCAUCCAGAGCCACACUGGUAACAACGCCAUCGCCCACGACAUGACCGACACGAUCGCUCGAAGCAACACUCUCCGCAGCCAAGCCGUCUGUCUUGCCGACACCUUCACCAUUGCCAAGCUGAACGGGCUUUCGGUUGGCUGUGCCAUCUCCUUUGUCGUCACCAACAUCUCGCUGAUUAUCAUUGCCGGCGUCGUCAUCCUCCGCUUCAUCUUGGCCAUCUUCUUCUCGUACGCCAUCGGCUGGCGCUUGGGCGACCGGGGCGAUAAGACCACCAACCGCGCCGCCGAGCAUCUGGCUCGCCGUGUGACCGAGCGAAGAACCCUGGCCCGCACUCGCACGGCCACCCGCACCAACAUCCCUCUGGACUCUGUGGUGUCGCGCCAGCCAGCUGGCUCGUCCAUCAACAGCCGUCGCGUCAAUGGCACCGAGAGCGUUGACGGCCAGAGCAGCUCCGCCUCGGAUGAAACCCGCAGCCACCAGUGGGGCUGGAGCGCCAACUUUGGUUUCAUGGACAACGCCGACGAAAACUCUGACCUGGCCAACGAUCCCUUCCUCGACGAAAGCUUGGUGCAGUCCCUGAUCCUGGUCACCUGCUACAGCGAAGGCUACCAGUCCCUGCGCAACACCCUCGACUCGGUGGCCAAGACCUACUAUCCCUCGACCCACAAAUGUCUGUUUGUGAUUGCCGAUGGCAUCGUCACCGGCCACGGCGAGCCAAAGUCCACUCCCGACAUGCUGAUUGACAUGAUGGACGUUGACCCUCGCUUCAAGGGCGACGAUCCCAAGCACGGCGGCGAGCCCCAGGCAUUCAGCUACGUUGCCAUCGCUGACGGCAACAAGCGCAAGAACUUUGCCCGCGUCUAUGCCGGCUGGUACAAGUGGAGCCGAACCGAGGUCCUUGAUGCCGAGAAGGAGAAGGAGAGGGAGAAGGAGCGCCACAAGAGAGGCUUCCGAUCGAGCACUCUGCCCAACGACACGGCCAGCGCUUCCGAGGCAUCCGAGUCGGACAUAAUGCCCGCCUUGAAGACCAUCAAGGACCGCAAGGAGGGUCGCGUCCCCAUGAUCCUGGUUGUCAAGUGCGGCAACGACGAAGAGCGCAACGACCCGCAUGUCAAGAAACCCGGCAACCGCGGCAAACGUGACACCCAAGUGCUGCUCAUGAACUUCCUUACCAAGGUCAUGUUUGACGAUCGCAUGACCGAGCUCGAGUUUGAUAUCUUCUUCAAGCUCUGGACCAUCACCGGCGUGCACCCGGAGCGCUACGAGGGCCUGCUCAUGAUCGACGCCGACACGGAGAUCUAUCCCGACUCGCUGACGCACCUGGUUGCUGUCAUGCACAAGGAUCCCAUGAUCAUGGGUCUCUGCGGCGAGACCAAGGUCAAGAACAAAUGGGGCAGCUGGGUGACGAUGAUUCAAGUCUUUGAGUACUUUGUCUCGCACCACCUCAGCAAGGCCUUUGAGAGUGUCUUUGGCGGUGUGACCUGUCUGCCUGGCUGCUUCUGUAUGUACCGCAUCAAGGCCCCCAAGGGCGACAACGGCCACUAUGUCCCUGUCCUUGCCAACCCCGAUGUCGUUGAAGAGUACGCCGAAAACAUUGUCGAUACCCUCCACAAGAAGAAUCUUCUCCUGCUGGGUGAGGAUCGGUUCUUGACCACGAUGAUGCUUCGUGCCUUCCCGCACCGCAAGAUGAUGUUCGUGCCCAAUGCCAUUUGCAAGACCGUGGUCCCCGACGAGUUCAAGAUUCUGCUCUCGCAGCGUCGUCGCUGGAUCAACUCCACCAUCCACAACCUGUUGGAGCUGGUCCUGGUUCGCGAUCUCUGCGGCAUCUUUUGCUUCAGCAUGCAGUUUGUUGUCUUCAUGGAGCUUGUCGGAACCGUCGUGCUCCCAGCCGCCAUCAGCUUCACGCUCUACAUCGUCUGCCUCGCGAUCUACCUGGCGGUCACCUCCCCAGGCUCCCCCAACAUGCCGACCCAACCCCUCCUCCUGCUGUUGGCCAUUCUCGGCCUUCCCGCCGUCCUGAUUGUCCUGACCGCCAAGCGCUGGAUCUACGUCUUCUGGAUGUUGGUGUACCUGUUGGCCCUGCCCAUCUGGAACUUUGUCCUGCCCCUCUAUGCCUUCUGGCACUUUGACGACUUUUCGUGGGGCGAGACCCGCAAGGUCAGCGGCGAAGCCACCCAGGAGGAUCACUCCAAGGCCGAUGGCGUCUUUGAUGGCACCGGCAUCAACAUGAAGCGAUGGAUGGAAUGGGUCGAGGAGCGCCGUGUCCAAGCCGAGCAAGCCGAGCAGGAGCGUCUGACGGCCUAUCUCGCCAACAGCAACCGCAUGGUGCCCGUGCAGGUGAUGGCCCCCGGCGCGGCCCCGCCCCCCGGUAGCGUCCCAGUCUUCAUCCACGGCGGCCCUCUGCGCUCCAACGGCUCGAUCCAUAGCGGCAAGUCGGUCAGCGCCGCGCGCCACGGACACUCGGAUUCGGACUUUAUCCCGACCGUCAAGUUGAGCGGAUACAUCCCCACCUUUGAAGAGCAGCAGCGUGCGGGCUCGGUACACUCGACCUCGGGCACCUAUCCUGGCGCUGCCACGCCUGUUCCCGGUGCUCUCCCUUACGACACGCCGUUCCCGCCCCGGCCCCAGGUCAACGCCGCGCACUUGGUUGCCCCGACGCGGACGACAAGUUCUGUCCAGUCUGGCUCCCAGAACAGCGGUUCCGCGACCCCCCACUCGGAUAUCUAAGUCCAAGACCAGCCACACUCACCUUCCCUGGCCUUCCUAUCGAGCGUGUGGGCUCGAAGAGGGGGGGGGAGGGAAGUUCACUAAUAUUACUUAUAGACAGCAGCGCUUCCGGUGAUGUCGCUAUAUAUGCAUUCCUCAUGCCCCUUCCGUCCCCGCACGACGGGGGUUCUUUCUUGUCCGCUUUCCUUCCUCUUCUUUUCUACCGGCAUAUCGUUUCUUCGAAGCAUAUCGUUUCUUCGAAGCAUCAUCUUCACAUCUCUUCUCUUCCCCUUCCUUUCCAAGAGAACCACAGAAAAUAUCACUCCUUCAAUCUCCAUCCGAGUGGGCGAGCUGGCUGCUGCUUCAGCGGCUGUGUCUGUGUCGCUUGGUGUGGGCCCUGUCAUGGCUGUCAUUGGUGUCAUGGCUGUCAUUGCGGCUGGAACCCGGUGGUUGGUGCUGCGGCGCCACGAACCCAUGGCAACAUAAAUUCG